CCUGUGACUGACUCACCUCACAGCUGACACAUAACAACAAUGGCGGUAACAAUUGUCACACCAUGUCUGCUGUCUGUCAUGUCCUUCCUGCUGCUUCUUUCGUGCCCCUUCACUAUCGCCAAAGGCCUUGAAGUUAUGAACGAGGAAGAAGUAAAAGAGCUUAUAGCUGAAGAAAAAUAUGUCGUCAUUCUUUUCAGUGACAGCAGUGAGUGCACCGGGAAAUGUGAAGAACUGGAGGCUACCCUGGAACUCAUAAGAGAAGACAUCGUUGAAGCACUUAAUGCAUGGGUAGUACGCACACACACUCCAGCUGUUGCUCAACAGUAUGGAUUGUCUGGAAAGAAAACGGGCACCGGUGUUAUUUUUAUACGAAAUAAGAUCCCGUUGCUGUACAGUGGACCCGCAGAUGAUGAUGAGUUCAUGUUGCAUUACAUAGUUACUAAUCCAGACUCAGCAGUCCACCAUCUAAGUGAUGUCAACUUUGAGCACCUAACCCAGGCAGCAUCUGGAGCCACAACUGGAGACUGGUUGGUGAUGUUCACACGUGCAGAUUGUGACAGCUGUACUAAGUUACAAGCAACUAUUGAAGCUGUUGCUGCCAAGAUGAGAAACCAAAAAAAUGUGGCAGUUGUUAACCGUGACACUGAUGGUGGUCAGACAACCCGAAGAUUUGGCGUAAAAACCUUCCCUUCAUUUCUUCUGUUUCGUCAGGGUCGUCUCUACCGCUACAACUUACCUGGGGUUGAUGCUGGUGCACUCACAGCGUUUACUCAAGAAGGCUUCAGAAAUGCCCGCACAGAAGAUAUUCCACCCCCUAAGACACCAUUUGAUGACUACACUGAGUGGUGUGCCGACUGGUUACGAGAAAACCCAAGUGCUAUACAUGGGGCUGCCGUCGUGUUUGUGGUGGUGGUUUUAAUCUUUAUAGGCUUCUCUUUGAGGAAGUCGUCAAGUACUUCCAAAAAGGAAAGUAAGAAGAAAAAGUAAUAUGUAUAUAGACACGGGCCAUCUCCAGUCUUAGGCUCAAAUUUUGUACAUUAAAUGAAAGUGUGUUUAACAAGUUUUUUAUAACACUUUUUUAUAUUGAUUGAUAACUGUCUGAAAAUAUUUUCAGCUGUUGUGUAGGUUAUCAAAUUGUAUGAGAACUAUUGUGUUGCUACAUGAUCUUGGCCUCUGUUUAUACUAGAGGAACUUAUGCUAAUUGUAGUUCCUAGCCACACUGACAGGACUGAACGACUCCUGUAUUACUGUACUUGUACUAAUACUGUAGUGUGGAGUUAAAACCCAAGUAACCCUCGACAUUAGUGACUGGGUCUAACUUAAGAUUGGGGUACAGUACCCCUUCUUUAUAUAACUAGUACCCCUAAAAGGAGUUCUUUGUACAUGUUGUAUGAGUAUGUCAGACAGGCACAAGACAUUUCAUCAGCAGUGAUGUGAUGCCUUGUGAAGUAUUUUUUCCACUUCUCAUCAACAAUUAAGAGGAACCCAGGAAUCUUGUUAAAUUUGCAAGAUUCUCAAAAUUUAGACCUAAUCACAGCAGGUGGUGUCCCUUUUCUUCCAGUGUUACUUUCAUUUCUUACGAGAUCUAUUUUUUCAAUAGGUCAUUGCUUCCCAGGAUAUAGGUUUGAAUUAAAAAAAUCAUUGUUCUGAACAAGCAUAUCCAGUCCAGUCAGUAUGAUUAUAACUGGAGGACUGAUCCUGAAAUCCCAUCUCAUACAAAGACUGGACUGGGUGACUGUGCACUCUGGUGGGGGAUGUUAGUACGUUAGCACAAAGUGAGGGUUGGUUCAGUUUUCACAAGUGACAGGCAAGAUGUACACUGCUGCAGUUGUACUUUGUGUAACAGCACAUACUGUAUAUCUUAACAUUUGAAGAGUUCUUGUUGUACAGUGUAUGUAUUCUUGGAGUAGGUCCAGCCACUAUUGUCGAGAGCCUUCCUGGGUUCAACUCCAUAUAUGUUUAAACAGUAAUAACAAGUCUUCCAGUUGUCUUCAGUUAUGAAAUGGAAUUUCACAAUUAUUCCUCUAGUUUUAUAAUUAUUGUAUUUUAUUUUUGUUUAAAAAGGUUGAGGAUUACAUUAAACUGUAAAUUUAGAAAUUUUUUUUUAAGUAAAAAGGAUUAUCCAGACAUCUUGAACUUAUUUUGUAGAGUAUUUGUGGUUACUAAAUAUAACACCAAAAAAUAUAUGCAAUGAUGUUUUGUCUUCUUAUAUCCACAUAUUGUGUAUCUUUAUAGCACUUUCAUAGAGGCUGCAAACCUUUGCCAGGUGGCUCCUGUUUUGGGUAUCUAGGAGUUGAUCUUAUGACUGACUGACUCCCUCUCAUGAUCUAUUGCCAUAAAAGGAGUUUGGCAGCAAUGUUUGCCCUGUACAGAUCAGAGGCCCAUAAAGUAGGCUAUGUUUACAUAGGCAGCACAAGCUACUAUCACCAUGCUGAUUUCGGAGUUAAUCCACCAUUUUGUAAUCGGUCCCAAGCUACCUACCAGAGAGAGCAGCCAUCUCUAUCUCCAAACUGCCUACAGUAUUAAUGUUAACCUUAUUACCGAAACAAAUUUAUACUAUAUACAGAAAGAAGGCUCGACAAUUACACAUACAUUCAGCUUGUUAACUAGUAAUCUACUCCAAAUGAAUAUUUUAAUGUGUUCAUUAGUCACAGAGCUGUUAAUACUGAAAGCUCAUGUUUUUCUUGUACUACAGUUAAGUUAGGGGUUUAAUCCCCACCUUUAUGUAAUUUUGACCUCUUCUGGAAGGUGCAUGUCUAUUUAGUCCUUGGAAGAAUUUAGGGGAUCAACAUGAUCAGCUUUCUAGGGGACUUCUUAACAAGAGUUGCCUGGCAAGGCUGUCAGGUUAGAAAUUCAAGAUUAUUCUUAAUAUCUUACACAGGAAUAUCCUGUGGCCAAGCAACUCUAAUAUCUUCCUUUAGUUUGUCAGUAGCCAUUGGAAAACAAUAUAAACUAUCUGGCAUAAGUGCUGUCUAGGUAAUUCCAGCUGAUUUACAAACCUUUCUCAAUGGGGGCAACCUUUGCAUCCCACUCUCCCUUUUUAUUAUGGUAAUAAAGGAGUUGGGCUAUUGUAAGACCAGCCCCUUGGCUGCCAAUUAGGUGGUCGUGUAUUGACCUGAAUCUCCAAAAUGGCUUACUUAUUAACUAGAGCUGUUGGCUAGAUGUUGUGCUAGAAAAAAAAAAGGACUUCAGAAUCUUCUUCUUUUUUGUCAGUAAUUUAACUACCAAAGAGGUCACAUAUUUCUUUUUACUUCAGUUUGAAUCCUUAGUUUUUGAAGAAUUUAUUAUUUGAGGUUGUUCAUAAAUUGACAGGCACCUAUGACAUGUUACAUGGCUAUUGCCCUUUGCUAGGAAACAAACCAGGUUUAACUAUCAGAAAUUAUAAAUUUGAACUAAUUUUAUGACUUGGUUAACCUUCCCUAUUACAACUUAAGUACCAAAGGGGUUUGUAGAAGGAACAGUUCACUAUUUAAACUAGGAAGCAAAGUAAAUAGACAUGCAACUCAGUCAUAUUGCAGUUGUUGGGGACCAGACUUUUAAGCCCUAGUCUGGACUUCACACCGAGUCUCCGACAUUCCAUUUGGUACACAGAUGUACCUUAAGUCUUUGUCUUUCGUUUUGAGAACUAGUAAAGUAUUGGGCUAAUUCAUGCAAUUCUCAGUGUUCAUGGAUUUGUGUACAGCUUUUGUCUUAUAAGAGGUGAAUAAAUGUGCUAAACAACCUGACUAAGACCUCAGCCUGUGUUAGUUAAGAGGGACUGACAUCACCUGACCUGGGUCAGAGAGAAAGGCAGGUGCUUAGCUGAGGAGGAGCAUCAUGUUCUUAAAUUUUGUGUCCGUGAUGGCCUGUAGUGGGGAUCCUUUAGAUCAUUUAUUCUGUUGGAAGUUUUGGAGCACUGCUGAAACUUAUAAUGAAGCUUUCCUACUUCAUUGCUUCUGUACAUAUUGUGGGGAUACUGAAUGGUAAACUGUUCCUUUAAACUUAGUUGCAACUGGGAGACAAAAUCCAGAACUCUUGGCUAUAAAUUCACCAGUCACCCAGUUCUGGGUUCUAACACAAAAUGGGGGUUUCAAGAUCAAUCCAUUUUUGUAUGAAAAUUGGGCAAUCCAUUUUUGUAUGAGAAUUGGUACGGAUCAGUUGAAUUCUGCAUAAAUUGUUUUAAUAUUUAUAAAAGAUGCUAACCUGUGAAUUUAUUGUUGUGGGUGUUGUCAUAAUUUACAGGAUUUUGAUAUCUGAAUCCUCGUUAUUGGUCAAAAGAAGACUCUGUUAAUCUUAAUUUACAUCAGACUCCUGCAGUUACUUUCAUUGGUGUCCCUUGACUUUAUUAUUGUUUAUGUACAGUUUUUCACAUACCAAUAUAGGUAAUGAACAACUAUUGUGAAUAAUAGAAAAUAUAUUUUAAAAAUAUUUUGUG